ACGCUGUCAGUGUUUGGUUUCUGCGCCGCGACGAGCCGACAUGGCAACAACAAGCAGCAGCGACAGUAAACCGGAGGAACAGCCGACAGAUGAGGGGAUGGAGGCGGACAGGUCCAUGUCCAGGUCUGACAGCGGGAGUGGAGAUGAUUCCUUGGACAGCCUCUCCAGCCGCGUCCACCGAUGUCCUUUGACCCCUUCGCUGUCGCCACGAAAACGGACCACAAGCCAGUCCAAGACAGAGCCUCCGUUGCUGAGGACCAAUAAAAGGACCAUCUACACCGCAGGCAGACCGCCUUGGUACAACGUCACCGGGACCACCUUCAAAGAGGCCUUCGUCAUUGGUCUGUGUGGAGGAAGUGCCUCUGGGAAAACCACAGUAGCCAAUAAGAUAAUUGAGGCGCUGGAUGUUCCCUGGGUGGUUCUGCUGUCAAUGGACUCGUUCUACAAGGUGUUGAAUAAAGAAGAACAGGAGUUGGCUGCUAAAAAUGAGUACAACUUUGAUCACCCUGAUGCCUUCGACUUUGAGCUGCUGGUCACCGUCCUCAGAAAGCUGAAGAAAGGAAAAAGCAUCAAAGUGCCGGUGUAUGACUUCACCUCCCACUGCAGGCGGAAAGAAUGGAAAACAGUGUACGGGGCCAAUGUUGUCAUCUUUGAGGGCAUCCUGGCGUUUGCCAACAAGGAGCUGCUGAAGCUUCUGGACAUGAAGGUGUUUGUAGAUACAGAUUCAGACAUUCGCCUGAUACGGAGGCUGAAGAGGGACAUUUCCCAACGCGGACGGGACAUCAGUGGCAUCAUCAAACAGUACAAUAAAUUUGUGAAGCCAGCAUUCGAGCAGUACAUUGAGCCCACGGUGCAGGUAGCUGACAUCGUGGUUCCCAGAGGUGGAGAGAACUUUGUAGCUUUGGAUUUGAUUGUUCAGCAUGUACACAGCCAGUUGGAGAAGAGGAAGCUCCGCUGGGAUAUAUCAGCUCUGGCAUCGGCUCACCAGGGUCAGCCUUUACCCAAAACCCUCAGUGUGAUGGAGAGCACACCACAGGUCCGCGGCAUGCACACCAUCAUCAGGAACAAGGAGACUAACCGAGAUGAGUUUAUCUUCUACUCCAAGAGAUUAAUGAGGCUUCUGAUAGAACAUGCCCUCUCCUUCCUGCCUCUCAAGCCUGUGUCUGUGGAGACGCCUCAGGGUGGCAUCUAUGAUGGCAAGAGGCUGAGCGGUAAAAGAAUCACAGGUGUUUCCAUCCUGAGAGCAGGGGAGACCAUGGAGCAGGCUCUGAUGGCAGUUUGUAAAGACAUCCGACUUGGAAAGAUCCUCAUUCAGACCAACCAUGACACUGGAGAACCAGAGCUUCACUACCUCCGUCUACCUAAAGACAUCAGUGAGGACUACGUCAUCCUGAUGGACAGCACCGUGUCCACCGGAGCUGCUGCUCUCAUGGCUGUCAGAGUUCUGCUGGACCAUGAUGUAGCAGAGGAUAAGAUCUUUCUGUUAUCUCUGCUAAUGGCAGAGAUGGGUGUCCACUCGGUGGCCUAUGCCUUCCCUAAAGUCCGCAUCAUCACCACCGCCGUGGACAAAGAGGUCAACGACCAGUUCCACAUCAUACCAGGCAUUGGUAAUUUUGGAGAUCGUUAUUUUGGCACCGAUGCUCCUUCAGACUGGUGUGAAAGUGAUGAAGGGAUGGACUUCUAAGGAGAUGACCAAUCAUGGAGGUGAAGGGCUGUUACAAAAGCAUUUAGCCAUGAAAACAGUGGAAACGGACCUUCCAGCUAACAUCUGCUCGACUCCAUAAACAUCCUCCUGACCAGUGAGGUGAUGCUGUACAAACUGCUUCCCAUCAGAAUGAGCUUCGCUGUUCGGUCAGUGUGAAGAAACAGGUCAGUGAGGAGAUUUGUGCCCGGCAGGAUUCAGUCAAGUUUACAGCAAAGUUUAAAGGGGCCAAAGUUCAGUGUUACCUGUCCUUCGAGAUGUGGGAUGUUUGUUGACUUUGAAACUUCCUCACACACAGCUCAUCCUCGAUUGGAUUCCAAAAGACGAUUUCACAGCAAGUUCACUUAUUCCACAGUUUUCUCAAAAAUGGAGAAACUGAAGCUACCUUUUAAAAAAGAUGAUUGGCUGUGGUGUUAAUGAUGCCAGUUAUAUGUUUCUGUUAUUAAAGCUGAACCCGUAGCAUUGAUAUUUAAAUUUGGCUUACUGUCAGUUUACUGGAAGAGCCUUAAAAUAUGUGAUUUUCUUUUAGGAUUUUGCACAGUUGGUCUCUUUACCUUCAAUAGCCACAUAUUGGUAACAAAUAAUUUCAUCAAUUUAGUUCCAGCUGGAGACUUAGCUGGGAGCUAUGCUCAGUUUUAAUCAUUAGAUUCAACAGGAGUUCUAAAAAUGUACUUAAUGUUGUUCAGUCAGUCAGUAGAUGUAACAGUGUUUUGCACAAACAGAAAAAAAUACUUUCUUCUUUUAAGACAGGUCUCUCACGAAUAUGUCAUAUUAAUAUAUCCCCACUAGUUAGCAGUGCAGUGAUGUUUUUUCUCAGCUUCAAGCUUUCUGGAAGAGUUAAUGUGUUACGGCUUUCCUCUGCUGCUGACACUGCAGAUGUCUGUACUGUAAAAUGAUGUAAUCUCAGGCAAAUUUCACUGAAAGGGACAACAAUGACUUGUACUUGAAGAAGGAAACUGACUGAUAAUUAAAUGUAAAGAUGAAAGAUUUUAAGUUACAUUUCCCUCUUUAUGUUAACUUUAUUUAGAUUUUACUUCACCAGGUGAUCACAGCAAUAACACAAAGCUACUGUCACUCUCUUUGUGCAUCUUUUAUUUAAGUCAUGGAGUCAUUUGAGCUCUUAAAAAUGUCUGCUUUGAAUAAACAAUAUUUAGCCCAGCUUGAGCUGCUAAUCGAUUCGAUAAUUAGCUUGCAAAUGCUUUGUACUGUAUAAACCGCUGGUGUAAAUGUAGGUAUCGUUCAUACUGGAGCUCAAAGAAAGCAGCUGAUAAUGUUAUAAAUCAGGAGGCCAAAUGACAUAUUGAUGAUAUUAAAAUGUCAAGAUGUAAAACAAAAGUGCAGCACUUGUGUUGACGUGACAUAUCCUCAGAUUUAGUUUGUCACUGAAGUCUCAGUAGCAUUAAAGGUGUGAUUUGAUCUUAUACAGAAGCAGGCCCUUAGAGGACCCUUAUUGCUGUUCUUUACGGCCAUUUUAUAUGUUUUAUUUAUUUAUUCUAUUGUUUGCAGGGAUUCUUCACAUAUCCAACACCUCACAGACAUUUAUUCAACUUGAAAAUAUUGUUGUUUUCAUGUUCUCUCUCUCCAUUCCAGAUCAUUUUAACGACAGGCCUCACUCAGUGCAGACGUUAACUUGUUGAACCUAACAAGCAUUAAAAACUGCUACUUUCCCUCCAGGUUGCCCCUCUGCUCCAAGGCUUUGCUGGUGUACCUGCUGCUAAUUGUAUAGGUGCACCUGCUGUGUAGAUGGUAUUACUUCCUGCAUACUGCAUUCAUUGUGUUUACGUCCAGGAAACUUUAUGCAGAGUCGAUGAGACAGCAUUGCAUUUGUGUAAUUAAAUGCAAAUUGCAGCAAAUGGCUUGAAUGAAAUGUCAGCUACUGUCACUUUUGUGGAAGGCGGUUUACUUGAAACAGUGAUCCAUUUUUCAGAAGCAACCUGCAGACUAGUGAACUUUACCUAAAAGCGACUAAAGGUUCAGUUCUUUUCAGGCACUCUGGUCAGCCGUAUCAUUUUUCAUUUGUGUAACAUCUGUGUUUGGUCAAUCAAAAUGUUCACUGUAGUGAAAAUCUGUUGGUUUUGUAAGUGAAACUUCAUUUGUACAGAAUAAAAACAAAUAACUGAAAACAUCUCA